AUGGCAUCCAAGGAGCUUCCCGCACGCCUCAAGGAGGGACUUGAGAACACAAAGGUUGAGUACCGUCAGCUCGGCAAGUCCGGGCUACGCGUUUCGGUCCCUAUCUUCGGCUGCAUGAGCUUUGGUGAUUCCCGCACGCUGGGCUGGGCAUUGAAUGAGGAUGAGGCUCUUCCUCUUCUAAAGGCGGCAUACGAUCGCGGACUGAAUACCUGGGACACGGCCAAUGUCUACUCCAAUGGUGCGUCCGAGGUCACUAUUGGCAAGGCACUGAAGAAGUACAACAUUCCGCGCGAAAAGGUCGUCAUCUUGACCAAGUGUUUCUUUGCCGUCGGCGAGGACCCCGAGACCCGCCACUUCGUAUACCGCGACGAAGUGAACAGGUCGAAAGAUUACCAGAACCAAUGGGGCUUGUCGCGAGGCGCCAUCUUCAACCAGGUUGAGGCGUCUUUGAAGCGGCUCGAUACCUCGUACAUCGACCUCCUCCAGAUCCACCGAUUCGACCCCAACACGCCCAUUGAAGAGACGAUGAAGGCACUGCACGAUCUCGUCCAGACAGGUAAAGUGCGAUACAUCGGUGCGAGCAGCAUGUGGGGAACGCAAUUCGCCCAGAUGCAGUUUGUGGCGGAGAAGAAUGGUUGGACCAAGUUUGUGAGCAUGCAAAACCAGUACAACCUCCUCUACCGUGAGGAGGAGAGGGAAAUGAACCGCUUUUGCAAUGCUACGGGAGUAGGUCUUAUCCCUUGGGCCCCACUAUGCCGCGGUCAUUUGGCACGACCUCCAAAGGACUUUGGUUCCACCGCCCGUAGCAAGGGUGAGAAGGAGAGCCAACCCGGCAGCCACGGGACAGUCGAGCCGGAUCUUACCAUUAUAAAGCGUGUGCAGGAAAUCGCCGAGAAGCGAGACUGGCCCAUGGCCCACGUGGCUCUUGCAUGGAUCAACAAGCGCAUCACAAGCCCCAUCAUCGGCUUCAGCAGUGUCGAUCGGAUUGACCAGGCCAUCGCUGCUGAUGGGAAGGUUUUAACCGAGGAGGAGGACAAAUACUUGGAGGAACUAUACCAACCCAAGGCCAUCUCCGGCCACACGUGA